AUGACAAGUUUGAUUCCUCCCACAAUGAUGGCUUGGCUGGAUCAGGUUUGGGAAGAAAUUCCUGUGCCUCAAGCACCUGCAAAUGGUGUUUUGUGCAAGAUGUUGGCUUCAGGCGUACCACCCGUUGACUGGAGCGCUAAAUCACAGUCUGUCGGAGUGACCAAUCGCUUCUUGCAGUUGACAAACAACCUCACUGGUUUCAACCGAAGCUGCGGGCAAAUCGUAGAGAUAGGUGAUCAAGUUAAAGACACUCGGUUCAAAAUCGGCGAUGUUGUUGCUUUGAAUGCAGUUCCUGGCUGUGGCUCAAGCCAUUGUGCAGAGUGCUCUCGCAACAUGCAGCAGCUCUGCGACGUCGGUCAUCACUCUGGGAUUGGACAAGAUGGCUUCUAUGCCCCUUACGCCGCAAUCGACGUCCGUGGCUUAGCCCAUGUGCCCAAAGGUGUAUCUCCUGAGGUGGCAGCGAUAGCCACAGAUGCCGUGGCAACAGCAUAUCAUGCCAUCUACAGGCGUGGUGAGGUCAAGCAGACCGAGACAGUUUUCUUAUUUGGACUGGGAGGACUUGGUUUCAAUGCUCUUCAACUCCUCCUAGAUAUUGGGACACGAGUCGUUGUGUCCGAUAUCAGGCCGGAGAUUCUCGAGGAAGCAGCUGCAAUUGGCGUUCCAAAGUCAGAUUUAGUUCCAGUUGGAGAGCCUGUGCAAAAGUUCGUCACAGACAAGGGCUUGACUGGUAAGAUUGACGCCGUCCUGGAUUUUGUGGGUACUCACCAAACGUUCGAGGACGCACAGCAGAUUGUUCGUCGCGGGGGGCGAUUGCUAUGCAUUGGCAGUCUUGAUGCUGAGAACACCGUGCACAUGAAGAUUGGCACAAGGAAGCGCCUCACUUAUAUAUUCUCAUAUGGAGGGCAGAUUAGCGACCUUGAGGAGGUACUGCAGCUGAUUGCUAACAAUAAGAUUAAGCCACGUGUGGAAACAGCGAGGCUGAAAGACUUUCCUCGCGUUUUGGGCCGUUUGGAGAAAGGCGAAGUCAAGGCACGCAUUGCACUUUUGCACGACUGA